AUGCACCCGCAGGGACAGCAGGAGACCCCUCAAGCAUGGUGGACGCCACGCGGCACCCUGAUUCCGUCAAGGAACAGACUGACCUGCAGUCCAGAAUCAACAAGAUCUUUGAAAUUUUCUGGCAGAAGCUGGAGGACAGGUGGCAUCAGACCGCUCCAGAGCAGCCGCAGGAACACUCACCACCACAGCCGAUUGCUCCCCCGUGGCGGACAUCUAUGGCCCCGGCAGGAGCGAAGGCCUCAAUAUGGUGGCGAGGCGGGAAGCUCCCAUGCCUCCGACAGUGGGUGGCACACAAGCGCAAACUGCCCCGAGUCACUACUGGAACUUUUAAAGUGCUUGAGAAUCGCUAGCAGUGGCUUGGUGCUGGAUCGCGUGGUAAGCCUGUACAGAGCUGGAUGCCCCGAACCUGUCCAGCAUGAUGACCAGCUGGACUUUAUCAGGCCCAAGGGCCCUGUGGGGCUCACCAGUGCUCUGGGACAAUAUUUUGUGGAGGUUCCCUUGCGCUCACCACCUAGCACUCCUUUAGUACAGACCUCCAGAAGUGGCAUAGGCUGA